AUAUAUGACAUCAUGGAUCAGUGGAUAAUAGUGCUCGCCUUGUUUUCUGUACUUCUCGUUUUGCUCUACAAGUGGUCGGUGGCUAAAUACGAUGUAUUAAGUGAAAGGGGCGUGGCACACGAAAAGCCUUGGCCUUUAAUUGGUAAUAUACCUAUCAUGGGCAUGUUUGGUCGCAUACCCGUUCUAAAACAGAUGAUCGAAAUGAACUUGAAGUAUUCGGGUUCGCCGGUAUACGGCAUGUACGUCUUGAGGGAUUCCAUGUUCUUUAUCAGAGACCCCGAGCUCAUCAAGCUGAUUGGCAUCAAGGAAUUCGACCACUUUGUAAAUCACCAUGGCAUGCACAACAAUAUGCAGGAGUCGAUACUGUCAAAGAGCCUUAUUUCCUUGCGCGAUGGUCGAUGGAGGGAGAUGCGAAACAUCUUGACACCCGCCUUUACGGGUAGCAAAAUGCGCAUAAUGUACAACCUGAUCCAAUCCUGCAGCGAGGAGGGUGUCCUCCAUAUCCGAGAGCUUUUGGAGCUGUCGAAGGAGGCGACCAUCGACCUGGAAAUGAAGGAUUACUUUACGCGAUUCGCCAACGAUGUGAUAGCCACCGUGGCCUUUGGCCUCAGCAUCAACUCGUUCAGGCGCAAAGAUAACGAGUUCUUUCGAAUCGGACAGUCCCUGUCCAAGAUUAGCGCCUGGUCGGUGGUCAAGGCCAUGCUCCACGCCCUCUUUCCACGGCUUAUGAAGCUUCUUCGCAUCCAGGUGCUGGACAACGAGAAAAUUGAUUACUUCAGCCGUCUGGUCAAUGUGACGAUGAAGUAUCGGCAGGAGCACAAAGUGAUUAGACCCGAUAUGAUCCACCUGCUUAUGGAGGCCAAACAGCAGAGGCUCAGCGAUUUGAGGGAUCAGUCGAAGGACGCCCAGUACUAUUCGGAGUUCACCGAUGAGGACCUGUUGGCCCAGUGCCUGCUGUUCUUCUUCGCCGGCUUCGAGAUUAUCUCCUCAUCCCUGUGUUUCCUCACCCACGAGCUCUGCCUGAACUCCGAGGUGCAGGACAAGUUAUAUGAGGAGAUCCUUUCCGUACACCAAGAGCUAAAUGGCCAGCCCUUGACCUACGACAAACUAAUAAAGAUGCAGUACUUGGACAUGGUGGUUAUGGAAGGUCUGCGCAAAUGGCCACCAGCCAUUUCCACAGACCGUGAAUGCUGCAAGGAUAUUGAUUUGUGCGGUGAAAGUGGACAGAAGAUGUUCUCCGCUCGCAAGGGUGAUGUUAUUCAAAUACCCAUAUUUUCGCUGCACCACGAUCCCGAAAACUACGAGGAUCCGGAGUCCUUCGAUCCGGAACGUUUUGCAGAGGAUCGGAAGGAUGAGUCCCGUCUUUUUCUGCCCUUUGGAGUGGGUCCUCGCAACUGCAUUGGCAAUCGAAUGGCACUCAUGGAGAUCAAGUCGAUUGUCUACCAAUUGGUUCUGAACUUCAAACUACUGCCAGCUGAAAAUACGACCUUAGACUUGUUGGAUGAUAUAAGGGGUCAUGGCUUGAAACCCAGAAAUGGCUUUUGGCUAAAGUUUAAGUCACGUCAAUAAAGUCUUAUGCUUCUUAACCAACUAA